AUGUCAGGUUCAGGAGCUUCAGGAAACAAAUUCCGUAUGUCAUUAGCCCUCCCGGUAGGUGCCAUCAUGAACUGUGCCGACAACUCCGGUGCUAGAAAUUUGUACGUCCUUGCAGUUAAAGGAGUAGGAGCAAGAUUAAACAGAUUACCAGCUGCCUCAGCAGGUGAUAUGGUUAUGGCAACAGUCAAAAAGGGUAAACCAGAAUUACGUAAGAAAGUUAUGCCAGCUAUCGUUAUUAGACAAUCUAAGCCUUGGAGAAGAAGAGACGGUGUUUAUUUGUAUUUCGAAGAUAAUGCUGGUGUUAUUGUUAAUCCAAAGGGAGAAAUGAAAGGAUCCGCCAUUACUGGACCUGUUGCUAAAGAGUGUGCUGAUUUAUGGCCUCGUAUUGCUUCAAACUCUGGUGUUGUUGUUUAG